UGGGUCGUGGAGAGGGAGCGGAGGGAAUUGUUUGGGCUAAUUUGUGCGUGGCUGGAGAACGCUGUUGUGACUCUGUCGCGGUGCUUUGUGCAACGCUGUCUUCACCAAUCAACAAAUAUCGUUUCACCAGCGAUUGUGCAGCGUUUACGACGUCGAACCGACGGAGACCGUUCGGAGUUCUGGCGCAAACAGGGAACAUGACAACCCGGCCUGCGGCGCCACCAUCGUUUCUCCGCGUUGAGCCGAAGGGAAGACGAGCAGACGCAUCGGUUUGUGGUUAAAAGCCUCGUAACAAGUGACGAGGACGACGUCGAAUGUCCCUACACGUUAAACAAACCGUUCGAAAUGAUGUACGUCGGUUAGACCGGCACAUUUCGACGGAAGCGCGGUAGCGCGUCUCCCGGCCAUCCGCCUCGACAACAAGGCUUGGCUCUCGGAGCAGGUAGCUCUCUCGGUGUUGAGGCUCACUCCCGAGUCCAAACCGAAGAUGCUUUCCAGGCGUGGUGCAUUUUUCGGUGCUCAGUGUGGAACAAGAAUGGCUGUGAUUUCGGAUACACGGACGUUUCGGACUCUUACUAGCAUCCAGCGGUGCGUUCCUACCACGGUUCCCAGCCUACUUUGGUGCUUUCUGGUGGUGUCUGCGUCAAUUUCCCUCUGUGAUAGCAGUUGUGAGUUCCCGGUCGGAUGGCAAGGCUUGUGGUUCCAGAAAGGUAACCCAGAACCUAUCACCAUAACAAAGGAUCGUAUAUCUUCGAAAGGAAGGUGCAAGGAAAGGCACGACACCAAAUACCUCAUCGCAGGGCCGACCGAGGAUUGCCUACGCUGUGUCGGAUUCAAUGAUAAAAAUGCUAAUGUGCUCCAGUACAAAGAAACAGCGCAAAUAUGCUCGACACACAAGACGUUGGAGGAGGUCUGCAACGAGUUCACCGGUGACGCCCUGCUCUACUCCAUGUUCCGAGUGAACGCUCAGCCCGUCCCAUGCCCGUUCCAUGGGCCCCUGGACUUCUCCUAUUCCCGUGGGCACGCCGAGUGUGCCGAUCCCGUUUCUACCAUCAACUCUUGCACUGAUAACUCCAGGUUGCUCCUGAGGUUUCAGGCGUGCGCCGACGUGCAGGGUUCAGAGAGCAGAGUGGAAACUCUGACGUGCUUGGGCUUUUGGAAAGAAGGCUCCAUGCACUACCUGGUGGGCAAGCUGGACCACCGCAUGGCCAAAACAGACGAGGACAAGUUCCGUUGCUUCGUGUACGAGAAGUCACAGGACCCCAACACAGCAUUUUUGGUAGCACAGUCGGCUGACGCAACUUGCGACGGACUUGUCAGCCCCAAUGAGGGUUCGCGGACCAUGAAGUUAAGGCACAGUGCCCACCCUCCUGGUCAGUGUCAAUUUCCAGAGUGGGCAACGAGUGUGGAACAGUGGGUAGCGCUGGACGGAGAUCGUUCGUACCGGUUCGAUCCCCUGCACUCAAACCUUACUGUGUCAAAUUCAUCCCAGACACUGCUUUUUAAAGUGCUUUGCCAUGAAGAAUUGCUCACACAUGCUGACACGGUGCUGCUAGUCGUGCAUGUCACCAAAGGAUGUGAUAGUGGAUACACGUGUAUGAAGAUGCACAAAAGAGCAUCGCAUGUUAUAGAAAUUCAAUUUGGUCUGCUCACCAGCCAAAGUUCAGAGGCGUGCAGCGGCCACUACGACAGGACGAUGGCGGAGUCUAUUACUCUGUUGCAUAUUCAUCCUCAGAAUGGUGAAUGUCCACUAGCAGGAAAUUUCCUAAUGGAGGGUUCACAGCCUCAAGUAGCACGUUUGGUCUCUGGAGAUCCUGGGGCCUCCUGCCCCGAGCGAUCGAUUUUGAGCGCAGGGUGUGCCAGUGGAGAUCGCCUCGACAUUCACUUGGAUUGCUCUCCCAACAAGGAGGUUCGAAGUUUCCAAUGCCAUGGGAGCUGGGAAGAGAAUGGCACCUACUUUCUGAUUGCCAGCGCAUCACAAAGGCAGUAUUGCAUGGCUUUCUCUGACAAUGGAAAGCAGCUGCACUUUGCGGAGUCCCCCAAGGCUUGUGUGCACAAUGUCCAAAUGGCCAAAGACACCUUUUCAGUUUUCAACCUCACAAGCACAGGCCAGUGCCAAGACGUCAACUCUGGGAGCAGCUACGGGAAGCCUCGCACGCUAGCGUGCAUUCCGUUGCUGGCGAUCUACAGCUUUGUGAGAAAGAUUGUCCACUGAUUAGCGCGAGAAGCACGAGAUCCAACCGUACAACUUUCCUUCAUGGGCACAGAAGCUAGUGCAAGAAAUGAACAACCUCAGCGGGUGAACAUUUUUUUUCUAAUUGGUGCUCGCUAGACUGGGACUGCAAAGCAGCUGUAAAAAAAGAGCAAGGUGUGCGUGGACGUGUGCGGACUUACAUCUCCCCCGUGGAGGACGGGCGUCGGCAGAAAUUCGUGCCACUUUCUUUUUUUCUUUUUUUAGUACUACCACACUUAAGUUGUUUCUGUGUCGUCCGAUCGCACGCAGGAGACUGGCUCCACUUUCUCCGAUGCUUUGAUAGGACCUGUUACACAAUUUGAGUGAAAUAAGCCGCAGGUGCACUCAAAAGUGGCGGUACUCCAAGAUGCAGCUUGCUCCUCCAAAGUUGUUUCCUUUUUCCAAGUAGGAUUUUAUGCCACCAACUGUCAUCUCCGCUUUAGUGGCAGGAUGUGUCGGAUGCGAAUUUGUACAUACGUCUCUUGCUAACACUUGUCAGGCGUUAGGUGCUUUUGGGAGCGGUACAAUUUUAAGUGGUAGUGCGUGACAUACGCAAAAAAUGGUAUAGUAGGAGAAAGGGGCAAGAUUUUUCCACACUUCAGUUCAUUCUUACCCUGCAGCGAGGUGUCAGAAAAUAUUCUCAGGUUCAAAAUUUUUUUUUAAAUUUUACUUUAAGCUUUGUCACAAACUGUUACCGACUCGAUAACGACCCAAGACCAGAACGGUGACCAGUAGCUUUUUUGUUGAACGUUUUUAUUUUCUCGGGCUCUUUUCCUUCCUUUGGGAGUGAGAGAGAGAGUUGUGAGCUUUAUUUAUUUUAGAGCUUUGCCACAUUCGAACACACAUAGAAUGACAUGAGAAGAAGACGACACAGUUUUGUUUUUGGUAUUUUUUACGUAUUUCUUUCUCCAGCUCUGAAUAGCAUAGCAGCUUAUGUAUUGUAGAGCUAUAAUUGAGACACAGUAUUACGUGCAAAGUUCUUACGAAAAUGCCAUCGGCAAUAUUUUUGUUUCACAGUGGUGUAACGAGUUAGUGCUGGGGACAAUGGGUCAGCGCAAAAAAAAAGGCGUUGACUGAACUCCACAGCAGCAUACAACGUUCCACCUGUUCACAGCUCUCAAUUUGCAUUGAAAAUAUUUUCUUAGAUCAUAUGUUGCACUACAAGUGUGCUGUGCGUACAUGUUAUCUCACGUGCUUAGGUAAAACUAAGAGAGCAUUGUUGAAUUGAUUGUUAAAACAUCUCUUCAAAUUUAGCAAUAAACCAAGCAGCAAUUACCAGUUCUGUCGGUAAAGUAACACACACAGUCGACCAGUUUCAUUGUUUCAGCAUUGCAUAGUAGUAUCGCGAAGUACUACUGCAUUUCAAAUUUCAAAUUUUAAACACAUUCGCAUCAAUUGUGUAUCAUUGUAUCAACUUUGUAUCAACAUGUGUAUCAUCACCGGGGUACUGAAGUUCAACCUCGCCGCAAACUUCCAAUACUGCGUUUUGGGUUUCAGUUAUGGAGCAUGCAUAGGGAGCAUGGCAUGUCUGAAGUAUUACCAUGAGUCAUUAAGUGUGCAUAACAGUGACAUUUUCCUUGUUCCUUGUGUCAUUGAGUCAGAGCUGUUCCGAGGUCAUCUUGCGCCUGGGGCAAGGUGACUGCAAGCCACACCCCUCCUCACAAUAGGCAGAUAAUAUUCUGGGUGUAGAAUUUACAUAUGUUCUCUUCACCUUUGGUCUCGACCAACCUGUAAUACCCAAGUCACACAGGGAGUCUCAAUGGUCAUUUGAAGCAACGGCCAUUGGACAUGUGUGGUUGCGCCAUCUAGUGUAUAACGUGUCAAAGUGUCAAGGAGCAUUGGAUCCAUUGCUCCUUGAGAGGUUGACACAUUACACACUGGGUGGCGCUAGUGCACAUGUUCAAUGGCUGUUAGUUUCAAUGACCAUUGAGACUCCCCGUGUGACCCCGAAUAUAAGACAACCUACUCUAGCUGGCUUGAAAAAAAAAAAGAAAAUGAAAUGGGGAAUAGUGAAACAGAAUUAUUCCCAAUUCUAGAGUGAAAAUUCUUUGGGAUCUUGCUUGAUUGCCCAACCUUUCGAGCCCCUGGGAUCCAUGCCGUACGGCGCACCCCCUGGAAAAGGCAUUCAGGGCGGCUUCCCCUCUCGCUCUCACCUCGGAACAGCUCUGAAUUCAGUUCUCUAUUAGGUAAAAAAGUGCCUGUAGCAGCAAUUAUGUUAAAUGUCUCGACAACUGAUAACCACCUUCGUUUAAUGUCACAGAAGACACAUGUGUGACAACUUUUAAGGCUGCAAAGCGCCCCCCCCCCCCUUUCGUUUAGCCAGUUUCUCGUCGACAGUUGAGCAGACAUUGAAGCCCCAAAGAGAGUUUCGAGGCUCGUUUGAAGCCGACGUGGCCGACUUCAUGCCUAGUGUACAGGUAGCUAACAGAAGGUAACAUGUCUUUUCAUGCCCAAAGAUAUUUGUACAUGGUGCUCAAAGCUUGUGGAUGUGAGGAGCGAAUGGCAUGCGGUCUCCUAACGUGUGGCGGGUUUACUUAAGAACUAAGCGUUUGGAGCGGUUUGUAUAAAACUAGCACUAGCUAAGAGCAUUGUUGUUUGUGCAAAAGAGCCAAAUGGUAAGUGGCCAAGUGACCAACUGAUUAGCUCAUAUGUUUCAGUGGCAACCUCCCGGCAACCUCCAUGGGGUUGGGGUGGGUGACAGAUUAAGGUUUCACAUCUCUCCGUAUACGGCCAAAGCCACCCACCUUCAGAAAAAAUAUGUGGAUUACACAAUUAGGAAGUAUCUUGUUGUUUUUUGUUUUUUUUAACACUUGCAGUUAGUAACAGCAUAGAUUAUACUGAGGGCUGGAAAGUCUGUUAGGAUAGUAUGAUAGACAUUUAGAAACGUACAAGACCACCCACUCCACCCACACAUACUGGGGGGCUGCCACUGAUGUGUUUCUAUGCACAGCUGUACAAUCUUUGUUUCUGUUGCGCACCAGGUUACGGAAUACAGGACAGAAUGUUGGGGGUUGCACAGACCACUUUCCGCAGGCAGUAUUUUAUUUUCCUUUUUCUUUCCUCUUAUUUUUAUUUCGCUGGUUGUGCUAACAAUCAAGGGCAUGUUGAAGAAUAGAGGUUGAGUUUUUUUUAUAUAUAUAUCAUUCCAAAUGUUAGUCAAUGUUUUAUGGAGUGUACCUUCUUGAAUGAAAUAAAGCAAGGUUAGAAUUUGCA